ACUCGGAGCAGGACGGCGGCGGCGGCGUCCGUCCGCAUGCUGACCCCGGGCCGCUCCGUUCCGCCUCUCAGUCGGGCGGGCAGGCGCGGAGGGUCAGGCCGCCAGAGCUCUGCUCUCGGCCUCUCCGCGUCGGCCGACUUCUUCACUGCUCCGCCGUACUCGGGCUCACGGGAGGACACGCUCCUCGGUCGUCCGCUGCCGCUCCGAUCCUAUCCGAGUACUGAGUUGUGGUUGCAGCCGGGCGGGUCCCAUCCGGAGCCCGCGUGGGUCUGGGGGAUGGUACGGGCUGCUGUGGCGCGGGGUUUUGAAUACUUCUACCUGGUGCUAGAGGCCAAGGUUAUGGGGUGUCUCUGAAUGAGAAGUCCUGAAGCUGAGGCAGGAGGAUUGCCGCGAGUAUGAGAUCAUUCUCUGUCACUUAGGAAGACCCUUUUAUGGGAAAAAAUAAUAAAGGCAGCCCCUGAUACCGAGCUGUCUUGAAGGAGAGCCGCGGGAUGUCCCUCCAUCCCUUCGCGGAAGUUUGCUCCAUAGAGGGAAGCGCCUUAGAGACUAGGUCAUUGGCAGCUGGCUGUGUCUCAGAGCUGAUGACCAACCUUUGUGGUUGGGAAAUGUGUUGCUGGAUGUGGUAGGCUCCGUCUGCCCGUGGAGUUUAGAUGUGACACUUUGGCAGAAGUUUACAGCAUCAUCUAGUUUUGUGGUUGUCCCUGUUGUCCCCCCACCCCCUUCCACCUCCUAGAAGUUAACAGUUGGGCUUUUUUUUUUUUUUUCUUUUUUUCGGAGCUGGGGACCGAACCCAGGGCCUUGCGCUUGCUAGGCAAGCGCUCUACCACUGAGCUAAAUCCCCAACCCCUCAGUUGGGCCUUUUAACCUACAAACCUAGAAUUACUUUAAAAGCAAGACCUAAUUAGUCACCCACCUCUGGCAUCCCAGUAGUUGGAAAUUGAGGCAGGAACAGAGCUUGACAUCAACAGGGAUAUACUACAGAGUAAAAUUAGACACCCCCACCCCCAGCCCCCAAUCCUCCAAAGUCGCAGUUAAAAGAAGAGUCUCAAAAUUGUCUUGUCAAGAAGCUUGUUAAUGGGCGGCGGUGAUGCACACCCUUUAUCCCAGAACACAGGAAGAGAACCAGCCUGGUCUAUAGAGAAGAAGAUGAGCCUGAAGUCCGAACGCCGGGGAAUUCAUGUGGAUCAGUCGGAGCUCCUGUGCAAGAAAGGAUGUGGUUAUUAUGGAAACCCUGCCUGGCAGGGUUUCUGCUCCAAAUGCUGGAGGGAGGAGUACCACAAGGCCCGGCAGAGGCAGAUCCAAGAGGACUGGGAACUAGCAGAACGACUUCAGCGGGAGGAGGAAGAGGCCUUCGCUAGCAGCCAGAGCAGCCAAGGAGCCCAGUCCCUCACCUUCUCCAAGUUUGAGGAGAAGAAAACCAAUGAGAAAACUCGCAAAGUCACCACAGUGAAGAAGUUCUUCAGCGCCUCUUCCAGGGCUGGAUCCAAGAAGGAAAUUCAGGAAGCCAAAGCUCCCAGUCCCUCCAUAAACCGGCAGACCAGCAUUGAGACGGACCGAGUGACUAAGGAGUUCAUAGACUUUCUCAAGACCUUCCACAAGACAGGCCAAGAAGUCUAUAAACAGACGAAGAUGUUUUUGGAAGCAAUGCCUUAUAAAAGGGAUUUAAGCAUCGAGGAACAGUCAGAAUGUACUCAGGACUUUUACCAGAAUGUGGCGGAAAGGUUGCAGACCCGCGGGAAAGUGCCUCCAGAGAAAGUGGAGAAGAUGAUGGAUCAGAUCGAAAAGCACAUCAUGACCCGUCUCUAUAAAUUUGUGUUCUGCCCAGAGACGACUGAUGACGAGAAAAAAGAUCUCGCCAUUCAAAAGAGGAUCAGGGCUCUGCACUGGGUGACACCUCAGAUGCUCUGUGUCCCGGUCAAUGAGGAAAUCCCGGAAGUGUCUGACAUGGUGGUGAAAGCGAUCACAGACAUCAUUGAGAUGGACUCAAAGCGUGUGCCUCGGGACAAGCUGGCCUGCAUCACCAGGUGUAGCAAGCACAUCUUCAAUGCCAUCAAGAUCACCAAGAAUGAGCCAGCCUCUGCCGAUGACUUCCUGCCCACCCUUAUCUACAUCGUCCUGAAGGGCAACCCCCCUCGUCUGCAGUCCAACAUCCAGUACAUCACUCGCUUCUGCAACCCCAGCCGGCUCAUGACGGGCGAGGAUGGCUACUACUUCACCAACCUGUGCUGUGCUGUGGCUUUCAUUGAGAAACUAGACGCUCAGUCUUUGAAUUUAAGUCAGGAGGAUUUUGACCGGUACAUGUCUGGCCAGACGUCCCCCAGGAAGCAAGAGUCUGAGAGUUGGUCCCCGGAGGCCUGCUUAGGUGUGAAGCAAAUGUAUAAGAACUUGGACCUCCUGUCUCAGCUGAAUGAACGGCAGGAAAGAAUCAUGACUGAAGCCAAGAAACUCGAAAAAGACUUAAUAGACUGGACAGAUGGGAUCGCCAAGGAAGUUCAAGACAUUGUUGAGAAGUACCCUCUUGAGAUUAAGCCCCCAAACCAACCCUUAGCAGCCAUUGACUCUGAGAAUGUGGAGAACGACAAGCUCCCUCCCCCUCUGCAGCCGCAGGUGUAUGCAGGGUGAUGUCUCGCUCACGGCCGGCUUGAUUUGGGGCUGAUUUCAGGGAGCUGCUGCGUUCCACUGUUUGGGUCUGGAGUAUGAAUUAACUGCUUACAAUUUCAAAGUAUUUUUAAGGUACAGAUUUAGGGAUUGUUUAUUUUCUUUUUUUUUUCCUAGCAGGGGAAGCUUAGUAAAUAAUAAUGUCCUAUUUAUUUGAGUUGGUGAAGUAGGUUUGUGUGAAUUCUGUGUCAAUCUUUUAUGUCCUUUCUGAUUCUCCCACGGGCUUCCUCUGUGGUAGACACUGUUGUUGGUUUUGGGCAAACACUGUCUUUUAAAGGAUAAAACAGAUGCUAUAAAGUCUAUGUUGAAAUGAAUUCUAUGUUCCCACACUCUCCCAGUGUGAAAUAAUUUUGUAAUUGUAAAGAUAGAAGAUAAUGUUAAUAAGUAAAUAUGUAAAAUUGUAAAUAUGUAAAAAAAAAUAGGGCUGGGAGGGGUGGUAUCAGCGUGCAUGGCAUUUCAUGAGCUGAUUUUUUUUUUUAGGUGAAAAUGAAAUAUAUUGAAUGUUUGCCUUUAGCACCAUUUUAUUUGGUUUGUUUGUCCCACUAAAAAUAAUCUAAAAAUACAUGAGCUUUAACAGGACACUAGCACUAACUGCCCUAACUCUGAGGUCCUGGUACAUGUUAAUGAAGUUGUGACACCAACUUUUAGGUCACAUAAAGAAUUGUUCUGGGACCCUGGGGUGGUAGCUCAGGCAGUAAAGUGCUUUCCACACUGGUUCAAGGACCUGAGCUUCCUGUCCAGCCCCCCAUGUGAAAAGCCAGACAUGGUGACGCACAGUUGGAACAGUGCUGCUGGAAGGCACAGAUGGGCAGGUUCCUGGGGGAAUGUCCUCCUGACCCUGAUUAAACAAAGGAACCAAGAUGGACAGCUCCUGAGAAAUGAUAGCCAAGGUUGACCUCUGGCUUCCACAUGCCUACAUCUGUGCCUGUGUACCUCUACACACAUGUGUACCACAUACACAUGAACACACUGUUGCUAAUUAGUACGGUUGACUUUGAACUGUGCUCAUAGCUUCCUUUCCCUAAUUCAUCCAAUAAACUUCCCCCACAAUGUUAUGGGGGCUAUUGCCUUUUUGAA